AUGGCGGACGAAGUGCACAUAGACGAGAAAGUAAAAAGAUACGAAGAAUUUUUGAAUGAAAGACUGAGAAAGGAUUUAGAAACUGUACUUAAAACGCAAGGACAGGUAAACUCCAAGAUCGCAGAAUAUUUGCAGCUAAAAAGUGUCAUAGAAAACAUUAAAAACCGCGAUGGAGGUUCCGGGAAAGCGCUGAAGACACAAGUAGAUCUCGGAUGUAACUUUUAUUGCCAAGCGCAGAUUACAGAUCCGUCAAAAAUUUUAGUCUCAGUAGGCUAUGGAUUUUAUGUGGAAUUCACUUUGGAUGAGGCUCAAGAAUUUAUUGAGAAAAAAUGCGCCCAACUAACAGCAUAUGCCUCGAAGUUGGGAAAUGACUCCGCUAACAUAAAGGCUCGUAUUAAACUAGUUAUGGAAGGGCUAAGAGAGCUGCAGGACAUUGGACCAUACAGGGACGAAUCUAGACCUCUAUGGUAGAAAAGACUCUACCGCGAUGAUUUGCAAUAUCUGGGAGUUUUACAUGUGAGGUACUAUGUACCUCUGGCUCAUAAAGGAAAGAUCAUCAAAGGGCUUCAGAAAAUCCAUCUGAAACCAAACAACCUUCUUCUCACUUCGUAACAUGCGAUGCCAGCAAUUGUUAUCAUUAAGUUCUAAAUAGAAUAAGAUAGAUGGUUAGUUUUAAGCUUGAUAAAUAAAUAGAGAAAGAUGUUUUACAUCUUGUUGCGAGCAUGGGACAAAGAAAAAACUCUGAGUCCCCAUGAGGAAUUGAACCUCAAACCUUCAGAUUCGACACUUUGAUGCUCUAUUACUGAGCCAAAGACACUCUAUGGUGAGCAAGGCCUCUCAUGAAGUUCAUAUGACACACAUCCUGCAUACUGUAAGGAUCAGUAAUGUCAAUAGUGUUAUGUUUAUAAAUAUAAUAGGAUAGAUUGUAAGUCUUAACAUGUACUUAGAAAGAUGUUUUAUGUCUUUGUCCCACGAUUAUGACAAGAUGUAAAAUAUCUUUCUUUAUUUCUUUACUGAGCUUAAAACUUACCAUCUGUCUUAUUCUACUUACAAACAUGAUGCUAUUGACAUUGCUGAUCCUUGUGGUAUGCAGGAUGCAUGUGAUAUAUGAACUUCAUAAUGGGCCUUGCUCACCAUGUAGGUUCUGUGGCUCAGUGGUAGAGCAUUGCGGCACUGAUUCUCAUGGAGACUCAGAAUGUUUUCUUUGUCCAGUGUAGUAGUAGUAGUAGUAGUGUAGUAGCCAUGUUAGAACCCAUGGAAAUUAUAAAAUGUGCAGAGAUUUUGAUCCCUUACCUUAUAGAUGCACAAUAGUAUUAUCACAACCCACUGAUAGGUAUGGAAAUAUAGUUUUCUUCUUUGGCUAGUAGUUUGGACAGUGUCUAUAGUGUGCGAUAUGUUCAGACAGAGGUAUUCUCUCUUACUUCAUCCUGAAAAUCCACUUAAGAACACAUAUCACAAUUUCUAUUUUCUUAAAACCUUAUAUUUGAUUAUGAAUAUAACAAGAAUAAAAAAAGGAAACUAAACUUGGUUGAAGAUAAUCCAGAUAAAGUCACAAAUAUUGUAGUUGUAAUUUCUUCCUUAACUCAGCUGAAUAAUCUUAUUUAUAAUUUUCUUGAAUUACUUUGGUUUAGUGAAAUUGUUUCCCCAAAGGUGAAAUCUCCAUUAGGGUUAAAUUUCUUGUCACAUAAUCACUUUGUUACUAUGAACACAUUUAGAUGGUCCAACAGUGGUGGUAUGAACCCAUAAUUCUUAGAAAUUAUUAAAAUCUUACCUCUACCUACAAUAUUGAAUUACACAGGAAACAAGAAGAGGGAUAAACAUACUUAUCCCCUCAAAUGUAUUGUCUUGAUGUAAAAGCCAAGCAUUUAUACCAGACUUGCUGAUUCAUACUGGCAAUAUAUAUAUUAAGAACUAAUAGGGAAAGUUGCAAAUUGGAUCUUGGCAGAUUUAGAAUAACCCUGGGUACACUUUACUGUUUGUCAACAGUUGUAUUUGUUUCCAUACAUUCCUAGGUGGAAACAUUUUAUUUAAGUUAGAAGAAGCUGUAAACUGUAAUGCCAGAAAAGAAAGAAAACAACUGGACAAUAAUAAAAAUAAAAAAUUAUACUGGGUUAACUAGAAAACUUCAAACCACUCAGUGGAGUUUUGAAAGGCAAUGAAUAUGUCUCCACUUGGUCCUCGUUAAUGAGGAGAAGUUCUUAAAAUGAUCUACAUCAGAUCAUCAUAUUUAUGAAAUAUAUAUUUUCAAAAACAUUGCAAUUUGGAAAAAUAUAUGAAAUAUAUACACCUUUUGUUUUCUUGUCAAAUAGUGUCUUUUUUUUUUGUUCCACACACCUGACAAGAGAUGAUCAGCAAGUCCUUUCAAAACAUUCCUGUAGUGCAAUGUUGUAAUUUCUUCUUUACCAUUCAACUAAUAAUUAUGUAUCUAUAUAUCUAUAUAUAUGAAGCUACAGGGAAUGGGUGGUGGGGGGGGUGACUGCUUAAGUUCCACAGAGUAUGGGUACUUAAGAAAUAAUAACAAUUGCUGUUUAUUCCAUAACUGACCAUGUAUGUACAAAAACUCACUCAAAAUAGUACUAACAUUGAUUUCAGAUAAUUUUAAAAAUGGAUUAAGUUUUUUUUGAAAGAUGAUUCCUAGUUUUGUUUGAGUGGUCCUGCUUUAAGUGACUAUAGAGUACAGGUGGAGGACAAUACAAAAAGGCUGUUGGGACUUAGUUUAGAGUGAUGGCUACUGCUCAAGAUAAGUGAAAAUUUCAGUAACCAAGGGGUAACAAUUUAUGGACUUUGGAAAGGGACAGCAGGUCCAACUGUAUUUAUUUAUCUUCUUUCCGGUAGAGCCCAUUUGAAUGAAGUUUCUAAACCUAAAGCAAACCCUCAUGUUGAAGCAAUAUAUAAGGCCAAUGAGAACUCAGUCAGAUUCUUGUGACCAGUAAAGGCAUGGGAAAACACUCAAUCAAGUCAUGGUCUGUUUGGUGUUGGUUUUUGAUUGGUUGAGAAGUCAGUGCAGUUAAGGGCAACCAACAAAACCUGCACAAUUUCAAAGUAAGUUUGUCACCAAUUAAAAAUUGCUCUUAGAACAAUAAUAUAAUGUUUUAAAAUGAUAUUCUGUGCUUAUUAAGUGCUUGAAAUUGUAAUAACUUAUUUCAACACUUAAUUCAUAUUUUAAGGCAAAUUUUACUGACUCCAACAGUUUAUUUCUUUAAUUUGGAGUUACUAGAGGGUUUUACCAAACUGUGGAUCAUUAGACCAGGGAACCUCCAAAACCUGCAGAACCAGCAGAACCUUUGGAACCUGUAUUUUUCAGAAAAAAAAAAAAAAAAAAAAAAAAAAGCAAUAAAAAGGCUGUAACACUGUUUGAAAGUUCUUUACAGGUUUGGAGAAGAUAAUGUUAAAAGAAGAAUACAUAUUUUAUUGUCCUUGAUAUUCAACCUCACACACUGAGCCUCCAUAAAUAUACAAAUAUGUACAGGUUGCACAAUGGUGAAGGGGGACAGGGGUGCCAGAGGAGGUGGGAAGUGGGAUCAAUAUGAGGGAAGUGGGAGUAGAAAUUAAAAAGGAACUGGUUUGUUGUUUAUUACUUCUUGUCAUUCAGUCAAAAACCAGCACCCUGAAAAUUUUUUUACUUCCAUUCAAUGCCACCAAGGCAUAAGGGAAAAAAUGUAAGUUUUUUCAUCAGGCUGAAGAAAACAAAACAGCACAAUACUGGUCAAAUUGGAUACCCUCAAAGUCACUCAUUGGUCAUGAAUGAAUUUGUCAGUGUCUUGCAAGCUGUAACAGUCGAAAUCCUCCAGCGAACAAAUCAAGUCAGGUCAUAUGUUGUAGAAAUUAGAAAGGAAUACUGAACUCUUAAACAUUUCAUUUGUCUUUACAGUUUCAUUUCUAAAUAGCAUGAUCCCAGUAUGUUAGCAAUUCCUAAAUACACAUUUGAAAUGUAAAUUUGAAAGAAUUCUCACUGUUUUGCAGUUGAUCAGCAAAAGUAAACCAUACAACAUUUUGUUGGUCAAGGGAUGUUCAGGACAUGGUGUACACCAUGACUAGCAUUCUUGUAAAUACAGGUUCCUUUAAGCUUCUUUUGCCAAAAAAAAAGUGAUCAGAGUCCAAGAUUUGAACCAGAAGAAGAGUGCUCAAAUAGUUUGGGUCCUAAAUUAACAUCAGGGUGUGGUUUACACCCCUCAAUGAUAUUUUGGUGUUGCCUCAGCCAUUUUUUGGAUGAGACAUGUUACUCCAAAUUAGGUAUAUAUAUACACUUCCUUGUUUUGCAUUUCUUUUUCAAAGAAUCCUAAAAAUACAUAUAUCAUAAUAAUAAGAAUCUAUUCUUGUUUGCACUGAAUCAUUCCUCACUGAUGCACAUUUGGACAAAAAUAGGUACAGGGGAGAGAGGGUCUAAUGCAUCAAGUUUUGACUUUGUGUUUGAAAGCUUAGUGCCAGGAUUUUACGGCAAAGAGGUGCUAAGAGAAAGUAGAGGGCGCAGGAAAUGUCCAGCCCGGGACAUAGUAUGUGCCAUAUAUAAAGAUUAUUUUUCCUACCGAAGGAUAACCGCUGGAAAGGGGUUGUUGAAGGGCUGAGUGACGGGUCAAAGUCUAAAUGCAGUUCUGCUCAAUUUAUAUCAGCCUUCAGGACCUCAACAUUGACUGGUUCACAAAAAGAGAGGAAAAGUUUACUAGAAAUGUGUUUUGGAUGAUGCUAGACGAUUAUGAUACGACAAAAACUUUUUUAAUCGGUAGAGCACGUGUCGAUCACGUACCUCAUUAUGCAGCGGGUAUAUAAAUAAACAAAACUUGUUAAAAUCUCGAUUAGGACCUCACGUCCUGCCAAAAAAUGCUCUAUCAUCCUAUACAAAGAACAAGGUGACAGCCUGUGUGCGUGGAAAGAUGGUAGUGGCCGAGUAGAAAGCGGGUAGAAAUAGGACUUUGAAAAAUCCGGCGAAAACUUGAUCAUGAUUCGGAACAUUUCUCGCUUACCCUUACGGUUUUUGCCAUCGACAAAGAAAACUCCCCUAGGAACAAGGAUUUGUGGAGGAUCUUUCCUACAACAUCAAUAUGUACACGACGAAAGGAUGGUUAAAGUGCCUGACUUUUCACAAGAAUUCAAGGGACAGGACAAUUCAUUCCCUUGCCUGACGGAGCAAUCCCCUCGGUAAGUUCUCAAUAUUCUUUGGUUUUAAAUUGGUGUAAAUCAGCCGUUUUAAGUCUUAAAAUGUGAAGUUAAAUGUACAUUUACAUGUAAGAUCUGGUAGGAUACAGAAGCCUUAGCCAUAGCUGUAACCGAAAAACUGAAAAAAAAAAACCGGUGCCAAACACUCUUCUGCGAAGAGCCAAUGGCCCGUACAAUCCUGUGCCAGUGGCUUGAACUUGCCUGUAGAGUUCUGCUCACAUGUCAGGGCCUAACGCCCUGUACAUUUCUUAUGAUACCGUUAUUGGUGUGAUCGAUGUUUGAAGCCAGAGAGAUCUACUAGGAAAAACUAAUCUAACAUUUGAGAAGAAAUUUUUUUCGUUAUUGAAUGAAGAUCAGAUUGAAAGUUUGUGUUAUUGUCACGGCCAUGGUGGGACUUUUCCAUCGCUCGUGGAAAAUUCCUGUCGCGACAUCCUUACCGUAAUCGUAUCAAUUCAUUUCCAUCUUACAGCCGGGAACUUUGAUACGAAGAAGGUAGCUUGAAUGUAGUUCAAGUGUGUUUUAACUAAAGAAUAUAUUUUAUCUUAUUAAUGUUAAUUUAAGUAUUUAACCACUGAGUUGACCAAAGUAAUUGUUAUACAUAUCAAUACUUAAACCUCAGGAAAUAGAUGUGGCUAAUAAAAUUAACCAUGUAUGUUUGUUUUAAAAAUUGAUCAUUUUUUGCACUUGAGAGAUGAGGUAACUAAAGAAAGGAAGAUCAGUAAUAUUCAGACCAAAGGGUUGAUCUUUUCUGCACAAAAAACGACUAAAGCAAUACUUAUUGGCAAUCUAGACAAGUGAGAUUUGAUGUGAAACUUCUGUGAGGACAAUUAAGUCAAUUGACUGAGUAUUUUUAAUUUAUUUGAAAUCAAACAUUUGAAGUUCCAUUAUUUUUAGAUAAAUAAAAAGACAAAUGGAUUAAUGAAUAUAUGAAGUAUUGUAAGGUAUCAGGUAAAUUCAUGGAUAAGCAUUCACAACAUAACAGCUACUCAAAAUUUAAAUUUAAAGUUAGACAUUGGGAGCUAUGAAAAACACUAAACAAUUUACAUUAGUGCUAGUUUCUAAGUUGAAGGGACUGUGCAACUUAAUGUUGACUGCUUCCUCCACUUUCAAGAAUCCUGCCUUUUUCCUUAACCUGCUGCAGUCCCUUAUCUCUCCCCAUAUUGUCAGCUAAGUUGACUACCUGUCUUCUACUACUUGUAGUUACUCUCUUGAUUUGUUACCCGAGCAUGGGUGAAGAUGCAAUGACUCUGAACAUCUCAGCUCCACAACAUAUUAAAAUUGUGAUUUGCAUGAAUUUAAUUUACAAAAAAUGCCUCAUAAUAUGCAAGGUUUGUCGGCACAGGGAAACAUGUUCCCAUGGUUUAGAGUAAUGGCUGAAAAAAAUAAACCAUAUCAAUGCUGUGUAAUUUCUACCAUUUUUUGCAGAUCAAGGCAUUUUGGUGCAGAACCAAUGUAUUCAAAAGUAAAUUCAGGCUAUAAGACAUUCUUAAAUGAUGAACCAUACCACUUCAAGUACAAUGAUGGUGUCAUACCGCAGUUACAAGUGGCAUAUGAAACAUGGGGUGAAUUGAAUGAGGCUAAGGACAAUGUUGUUCUGUUGUGUACUGGCUUGUCUGCCUCAUCACAUGCUAAAAGUCAUCCAGUAAGUUGUCUUUUAGGCUUUCACAAUGUGUUAGCCUGGGAAUGAUUCAUUCAUGGGUAAAUUUAAUAUUUUGAAAUUACAGGCAAACCUCACUUAUUCAAACUCCUAGGAACUUGGCUAAAUAGUUUGGAGAAUCCAAAAUAUAAAUAUUAAUGAAUCAAAAUAAAACUUAAUAAUUAUCAUUUAAUCACUAGUAUGCAAGAAUUAAAGUAUGUUCUCACAGUAUUGUGCAUCAUCGACAAAAUUUGCCAAAAGGUAUCAACAAAAAUGUUGUAGAUAUUAAUGGUAUAAGACUUAAAAUUCUGACAUAGAAUACAGGACAUUUCGCACGAAAGAUUUUUUGCACAAGUCUUUUAGCACAAGUUUUGGAACGUUCGCACAAUUCUUAGUGGUCAUUCCGCACAACAGUUAUAAGUGAGAAACAUCAAUAUAAAAGGUAUACUAAUUGAUACUGAUAAGACAUCUCACCUUCACAUGUCACUUUCAAUAAGAUCCAACGAUGAGAACGUAGACAUUUAUUUACAUAAUAACUUCAACUAGAUCAAAACGCUUGUGAACAUGAUCACUAUUCUUACUUGAAGAAAGGAACAAAUCUUUCUCUCUAUGAAAAUGUAAAGAACUCCCUAUUCGAAUGAUUACUUCUUUUACUUUUCCUUUGUUAAACGAAAAACCUUUUAGUUUUGAAAGUACAUCAUCCACUACAAACAAAUGAACAUGACGACCCAACGCUAAGGAAGCCAUGUUGAUUUCGAAAGUAAUUGUCACCAAUCCUCCCUCCUCUGAAGUCAAAGUAAAAACCUGCAAACUGUUUCACUUUUAUUUAAAAGGAGAAAAGACCUAUUUACAAAAUUUCUGUGUAAAUAUAUAAAAUUCAAGUUCACGGCCAUGUUACCCGACGAAUCAUGCAAAUUUUAACUCGCUACUCGGUCAGGACUCAUAGAAAUUUAGCCCUUUCCUGCAUUCAUUUAAGCUAUAGUACAUCUAAAUUUCUUUAUUUGUUUUGAUCUUAAGCUUGUAUGAUUACUUACCGAACGGCUAGCGUAUAAUCUUUGAAUUAUUUUGAAUUCUUGAAACUUUCGUGAAAUCAUUUGUUUACAUCACAGUCGCUAUGACGCUUAUCAAUCGAUACUGAACUCUCCAUCGCUUAGGUAAUUGUUAUUAGAAUAAUUUGAAAGGUUACAACUUGAUAGAUGUAUUAAACUUCUCGAUCUUUAAAAUGAUUACAGAUCAAACUUGUCUUUCUACAAGAUCACUAGUUACAACCUACACUGACACAUUCAAGUUGUCAAAUUACAACACUUGCACGUGCCAACAUUCGAUGUGAAUCACUCUCUGAAUAUCUAGUUAUCAACGUUGAACUGUUUUUGCUGUACGUAUUACCAGUAUUCCUAAUUUUCAUUAUAUAACGAAGAUAUAAGAAGCAAGUUUUCAAUAGCUUUAAUUGAAACUCUUACAGAUCGAUAAUACAUACUUUUUGAAGGCGAUCGAACAAGGAGGGAAGACUGGUGACAAUUACUUUCAAAAUCAACAUGGUGUCCUUAGCGUGGGUCAUCAUGUUUGCAUGUUAACUUUAUAGUGGAUGAUACUGUCAAAACUAAAAGGUUUUUCGUUCAACAAAGAAAACAUUUUAGAAGUAGUCGUUCGAAUAGGGAGUUCUUUCCAUUUUCAUGGAGAGAGAGACUUGUACCUUUCCUUUCUUCAAGAAAGAAUAGUAAUCGUGUUCACAAGCAUUUUGAUCUAGUUGAAGUUAUUACGUAAAUAAAUGUCUACGUUCCUGCCGUUGGAUCAUGUGAAGGUGAAAUGUCUUAUCAGUAUCAAUCAGUAUACCUUUUAUAUUGAUGUUUCUCACUUAUGAUUAUUGUGCGAAAUGACCACUAAGAAUUGUGCGAAUGGUCCAAAACUUGUGCUAAAAGACUUGUGCAAAAAGUCUUUUGUGCAAAAUGACUGGUUACCCUGACAUACAGUGAAAAUCAGUUUGUUUCAAGUUGCUGCAGCAUGUGAAUGUUGCUAAUUCUAUCAUUAUUCAAAGCUGCUUUAAUGGAGUAGCAUCAACAUUGUUUCAGUGCCUCUGCUUUGCUUGAUGGGAAAAAGUUGUAUAGGAUCUUGUACAUGAUAAAUUAGUAUUUGUGAAAAAAUGGGAACAGAGAGGCGAGUUGGGAUAAUCAAAAAUGCAAAUAAUCAAGAUCCAGACAAUGGAAGUUCAACUGUAAUUCUUAGACAGUAGGGUAUUCAGGGAUGCUAUAGUGCCCCUCACCAAUGAAAAUGUAGUGCUUUCCCCCCCACCCCCUAACUUUUUAGUAUCACUUGCAAAUUAAUACUUUUCUUUCAGUAAGCUUACAAUUCUUGGUACUUGGGGGUCAUGGUAUAUAAACAUGGAGCAGCUUCCCUUCACCCACCAAAACCAUGAAAACAUGACACUUUUGAGUUGUCUAAGAGCCAAAGAUGUUUUGUAUUUCUCAAUGGCAAAGUAUAACCUCACCAGGCUCUAAUAUUAACCUCACCAGUUAAAAUAAGAGCCAUGUUAAAUUCCCUUCUUUACUAAGACACAUGCCAAAAAUCUAGUAGUUUAAGCACCUUCUCAUGUGCCUAGGAUAUUUUGUUUGGUGGUUUAAUAGAGUGAGGAUUGUUGUUUGUAACAGGAUAAUCCAACACCUGGCUGGUGGGAGAACUUUGUUGGACCUGGCUGUGCUCUGGACACUGAUAAGUUCUUCAUCAUUUGCUGUAAUAAUCUGGGAGGAUGUUAUGGAUCAAGGUCUGCACAUAUGUUUCCUAUUAUUAAAGAUUUUAAGUUCUUACUUUUUUUAUAUAAUUAAUUUUUUUUAAGAAUGUACAUAAUAAUUUUUCUUAAAAUUUAACUUGGUGCUUUUGUUAUCUUCACUCAAAAGACAUUAAGACUAAUUUUGAAAUAACAUUUUCCACUCUAAUUUUCCUCUAUUAAUGCUUUUACAUUAUAUCUUAGUGCUACUUGUAGAGGUUAUAAUUCUUUUGUUUAUUAGUAUUUUUUUUUUACAGUGGGCCUUCAUCAAUAAAUCCACUGACUAAAAAGGUAAAAAUUGAAUUAUAUUAAUAUUAAAACUAAAAUAUAUUUAUUUAACUAAUUGAAUGAUGUAGUGCUUGGCCUUUGAUCUGAAGUAUGUUUUUCUAACAUGGUUGUUGGGACUUUUUGUAUCCUUAAUAAUUAUACCAUGUUAUUAUUAAAUGAUAUAUGUUUUCAAUUCCAGCAUUAUGCCACAACAUUCCCAAUAGUCAGUGUAGAUGACAUGGUUCAUGCAUUCUUUCUCGCACUGGAUUCUCUGGGUAUCCAAAAGGUAACUCAACACUGUGAUGUUAAAUCAAAUGAGCAUUGUAUCUGUUUCUUGUAUUAUUUGUUGCCAAUCUACCAGCCACCAGUUUAAUUGAGCUUUCUGGUGAGCAUUCUUUGGAAAAUUAGAUGAAUACAAUUUUUUUUAACAUAGCCAAGAAUUUAUUCAAUCUACGUUUGACUGUAUGUGAAACAAUUCAUGACAUAUAUGUAAAACAAAAUAAUUUACUGAACAUAAAUUUCUGGCCAGCACAAUAUUGAAAGAGGUGUUAGUAAAUAUUCACAGGUGUCAAUGUGGUAAUGGGUAUUAAUCAUUCUUUUAACAACAAGGGCUUGUUGUUCGACUUACACAUUUUUUCCCCUCAGAAUGGAACAAAUAACAAGUCUUGUAAUUUGCCAUAAAACAUUUUUAUAAAUGGCUCUCCAGCAGAAUAGACUGCCAUCAAGUGUAAAGUUUCUUCAAAUUCUUUCCUUCCAUUAACUCAUUUGACUUCUAAUUUUUGAUUGUACAUCAAUGAAAAUCUUCAAUUAUUUGUAAAAAUGAGGUAAAUAUUUGCAAGCAAUAAAAUGUUGUGCAAGAAAAAGUUAGGAGAAGUCUUAAGUCAAAAUGAGGUGGUAACAGUUGUGUCCAAGCUUUCAAUAUCAGUUUAUCAUUUUAAUGACAACAGGUUCAUGCUGUAGUUGGUUCAUCUUUAGGAGGCAUGUCCUCUCUUUUGUCUGCUGCUCUGUACCCAGACAGGGUAGGAAGGUAAUAGGUUUUUUCCUAUUUUUACUUGGCUUAUUUGCCUAAACCUCUUGUUGUUGUGAUACCCUUCAAUGAAAUAAUUUAAUUGUAAUGCUUUUAAAUCUCUUCAAAACAAAGUUUGUUGUUGCUGUUGUUGUUGUUUUUACUCUUAAGAGGGGUGACAUCUCAGCAUUUUGAAAUCUUCAUGAAGGGGCAACAAUUUCUUGUGACAAUAUGAGGGUAUUGAUACACUCACUGGCUUGUACUAUCAAAUCUGUAGAAUUGCUUAAAGCAGUUCCUAAAAACAUCUAAUACUAGAAAUGAGAAACACAUAGAGAUAUGCAUUAUCAAGUGGCACCAGAGGAAAUGGUAAAUAUUUAGGGUGUAAUGUUUGAAGAUACUGGGUACCCUUUUUUGAUACAUGUGCAGUCUAGUGGUUCUGAGUCUGAGUCAUGGGCAAGCAUUUUAUUGUAGUCAUAUCUGUUUCUUUGUAUAGAGUGGUGUCAAUUUCUGCUUGUGCCCAGUCUCACCCAGCAUCCAUAGCUCUCCGUUAUGUUCAGCGCAGAGUACUUAUGAGUGAUCCUAACUGGAACAAAGGCUUCUAUUAUGAUGGACCUUACCCGAGGCUAGGAAUGAAGCAUGCUCGGUCAGUUUCUUGUAAAGUGUAUCUUCAUUUGGGCCUCCUAUACUUUCAUAAGUCAUAAAAUGUUAGAGUCAGUGAAAGUGUGGCUGUAGGUUGCUUUCCAGUAGUCCAUUGAGAGUCGCAGUGUGUCUUUGUGUAAUGUGUAGUUUGAUCCUUAUUUUCUUUAACCCUAAGAGUAUCCAGCAUCUAUUAUGUAAUUAAAUCCUUAAAGUAAUACUGCUGAAUUAUUCAUUAAUUUAAGAUCAUGAGAAUACAGGAAAUAAUCACCAAGCUAAGAAGCAAAUUUUCCUAUUAAUUACUAAAGGCAAUGUACAGAGAAGAGUAUGGAGAAUUUGGAUACUGAUGUUAGGGUGUAAAGGGUUAAAUUUGCAUUAUGUUUUCUGUAACAAAAAGCUUUCCUUAUGCUGUGGUUUUUUUGUAACUAGUGUUCCAUUUGGCAUUUUUAAAGAAGUUUUCUUUCAUUCAAAACAGUUGCAACUCAAGUUAGGCUUAAAUUCUUGACUAGUAUAUGUAUGCAUUGAUACAUAUACUAGAAUCACAACACAACCCUCCAGUUGAUUGCUGUUUGACAAUUAUUAGGGAAGUAGCCACCAUCACUUACCGCAGUGGCCCUGAAUGGGAGCAGAGGUUUGGGCGAAAACGCAUUGAUGACCCCCCAGAAGUGUCUCCAAACCUUUGUCCUGAGUUUGAGAUUGAAAGCUACCUUGAUUAUCAGGUACCAAGCUUAGUUAAUAACUCCUCUUACCAGCUAUUAACCAACAGUAUAGCUACUGUAGCUUGCUAUCAGUAUUCAUAAUGUUACACGGUUUGCUCAUCCCCUUCUUCUGUUCCUUUCACAUGGUCAUCAUCAAGUUGAACUCAUUUGGGAUGGUCAACACAGAAAUGGUUUUAUGGAUGCUAUAACUAAGUUAGUUUUUGUAAGUUUGACCAUACCUUGUGUCCGAUGAUCUUGUGAAUAGAGAAACUGUUGGAUUUUGAGCUCAACUGAGGAAAGGGUAGAAUUUGGGACAGUUGUUUUUACUCUUACGUCCCUAGACAAGUUUUUUCGGUGGAUGAAAAAAAAAUUUUCAUAAGAAUAAAACAAAUCUGAUUAUAGUCAUUAAUUGUUUCUAGACACAUUGACAUACUGGGUAGAAUUUUAUUUACAACUGAUGUAAGAUGACCUACAUAGCCUUAUGAUAUAUUUUUAGUGAUAGAUUGUUUUGUUUUAUUAAUAGGGAGACAGCUUUUGUUACAAGUAUGAUCCCAACUCACUUCUGUAUAUAUCAAAGGUAACUUCACCAGUUUAUGCUUUAUUAUGUAGUCCUGUAAACAAAUUCAUUGAUUUUUCUCAUCAAAUAUUUGCUAACAUACAUAUGUUGUUAUUUACUGCUCUCAGGCAAUGGACCUGUUUGACUUGGGAGAAGGCUUCAGUUCGCUUGUGGAAGGUGUUGCACGUGUUCAGUGCCCCACCCUUGUAAGUUACAGUAUACUACCUGGUCUUCACAACUACAAACUUCACAAGAUUUUGUGAUAAACAACUUUGGCCUAGUCCACCAUGAGUUUCCUACAAUGCAGUGGAACAGGAUUCAAAAUACUAAUUAGAAGGUCGUAGAUGCCACUGCCAUUAGGAGCUCUCGGAAUUUGUGUUGACUAGAACAUGCCUGUUUGUUUAACAUCAUCUUUCACUUAACUUAAUAAUUUUAACAAUAAUGACGAUGUAUUCAAUAACAAAACAUUGGAAUUUUUUCCACUCAAUUUUUUUUGUGCAUGGUCAAACAGUCAUUUAUAGGUGAGAUUCACUUGCAGGUGUUAGGUGUGCAAUCAGACGUGCUUUUUCCAGUCACUCAGCAGAGAGAAAUUGAGAGACUUCUGAAGGAAGCUCGUAUGUGUUUAGUCUACUUAUCUUAGAUUAUCUUAGAGCCUUUCUUUCUACCACUAAUAGUGAAAGAAGAUGCAAAGUUUAUGGUAUUCAUUUGGGUGUUAUUGAAACUAACACAUUUGAAAAUCAAUUUUAAUAACGUUACUUAUUGCGUUGGGAGGCCCCCUUGAAAUCCAAUUGCUUUUCCAUCGUAGAUUUUUGUCAACGACUUUGCAUAUGUGAUUUAAGUUUAAAAAUUGUUUUACUUCAAAAUGGGUGAAAUGACUAAACAGCUAUUGUAAGUGGCAUUUUAUGCGGAUUGCUGAAUUGGCUGAAUACCUUUACUCAAGAUGUAAUAAGAGCAAGGAAUUAUAAAUCUCGGACUAGAAUAGAUAUGCAAUGAGAGGAGCACGUUUUCAAUGCAUAAGUGUGGUGAGCACACUCUAUCCAUCUAUGCAGGGUUGUGUCGACACACUCUGGGUCCUUAUGUUUUGCUCAAGAGGUUCACACACAAUUUCGUUUAAAUUCAAGUGAACUUAUUCCAUUUUGCUCAAACAGAAAAUCAUAAAGUGACGUAUUAUGAACUACCUUCUAUAUAUGGUCAUGAUACAUUUCUCCUGGAUGUUGUCGCUGUUGGCGCAGCAGUGAAGGUAGGUCACAGGAUAUCAUAUCUAUAAAUUGAUCGUAUUUCAAACUUGUUUAACCUCAUUGCUUAACCAUCCAGUAGGAAAGUUAUUAAGCUGCAGGAAACUUGUACGCUUGUACUUGUACAAUUAUUUUAUCAUAUUUGUUUGGAGUGAAAAAAAUUGAAUGGUCGAAUUAUGCAAAAGUGUCGUUGUUUCUACUGCAUCUUCAAUAGUUUGCAGUUUUGUCUAUAACCAAACUUAGCUAGCAUAUCAAGUAACGCAUACAGGGCAGAAUUUAGAUUUAUGCAGUGCGGAAUUGAGGCUGUUGUUGUUUUUGUUUUUUUUUUCCCCUUAAUUUAAUUAAGCUAUUGACUUUUAACUCCGUUUAAAUUUUUUAGGGACACAUCGAGACAGAUCUGAAGAUUCACGGGAAAGGAAAAGAUCCAACAAUGAACAAAAGCAAGAACUUUUGACGAGAACUAAGCAUCACUUGUGACAUCACCACCUUCCCGUCAUGCUUUGUACAUUUCGCUGUUAGUUCAACUCCCAUUCGUUUCCCAAGCGCAAACGGACGUAACACUGAUUUUAACUUUUACGAUCAAAACACAAGGGUUAGAGCUAUCUUUGCAAAAAAUUAGAUCUGUAUGAGUAAUACACAACCAAAUUUUCUUAGUUAACUUAUUCUAAUUUAUUUAAUAAAAUAUCAGGAUUACAGAAACCAAAAACGUCGGUUACCCGUUUUAUGGUAGAAAUUUUGACAGGAUGUGAUAUUUAAAAUAAAUUAUAAUUGAUCUGUGAAUGAUAAGGGAUGAACUGAUAAUCAUAGGUAAAUGAACAGAAUUACAAUCCGGAACUAAAAAUUCCACUAUUAGAAAUGAUGAACAACGAAACCAUUACCAGUGUAUGUUCAAAGUUUACACGAUAUCUUCAUGUAUCGGGUUAACUCAUGUUGUGUACUAGGAAUUACAAGUGAUAGAGUUAUUGGUAGAAAAUUUCAAAGUACGCGAGAAUUGCUUGGAAAAUUGGCUAACAGUAGAGGUCACAGUAGAGGUCACAGUAGAGGCCACAUUAGAGGUCACAGUAGAGGCCACAGUAGAUGUCUCAGUAGAGGUCACAGUAGCAUUUCGUCUAUCCGAUAGUUUUUCAUUAAGGUAGUUCAAGAUGUUUUUUGGAAAAUGUCUUGUAAUGCGGCAAAGCCUAGUCAAUAGUGACAAGUAAGUGAGUAAAUCAUGGAAAACUUUUUAAAGCAACGAAACGGAUUUUUACCCUGGCAGUUGAACCAGAAAUUAAAUUUAUUUUGAGGAUCUUUUCAACCUUAGUUGAGUUAGAAACCACAAUGUAAAUUAAAUCAUUUGCUGUGCAUGACAAACACGCAACUCUGCCGCUAAUACUGUCAUGGUGCUAUCACGCAGACGCACAUCAGUCAUCGCAGCAUCUUGAUUUAACUGAAUUCUUUUGGUACUUUUGCAAUCUGAUUCGUGCGAGCAACAUAAUCUAACGAGUGUUAUUGGUGCAAGUAACAUACUCAGUGCAACAUAAUGGGUACGAGAAACACACCUAAACGAAUGUAAUUAAUACAAGCAACUUAUCCCAACAAAUCUACUUGGUGUGAGCAACAUACUCUAAGAAGUCUGAUUGGUACGAGUAACAUACCCUGUGCAACCUGAUUGGUGGAGCCACAUCCCCUGUCCAUUCUCAAUGAUGCUAGUAGUACCGCCUUUUGUCGACUAGGAUGUAAUUUACAACUUUUUUUUCAAACUACAAAAAGAAAUGGACUCCGAUAUGUUGACUGUUCGCUUAGAUCAGGUGAAAAAA